CGCGGCCGGAGACUCGGGUAAGCCGCGGCGAGAGUCCGGCCUCGGCCCGCCUUGUGUGCGCGUCGCCGGCGGGGAGCGGGAGGGGGCUCCGUCCUCGACUUGACUGGUCGAAAGCGCGCCGGCGUCACCGCCAUGGCGGACUCGGCGCUCACGCUUCCCAGGCGGUCGCUCACCGAAGACGAAAUGGCGGAGGUGAAAAAGGAAGUUUUAGAACGGAUGCGUCGCUAUCUGUGUGACAAAAUAAUUGCAGAAAGACACUUUGAUUAUCUACGAUCAAAGAAAAUACUCAGUAGAGAAGACACUGAAGAAAUCUCUUGUCGAACCUCAAGUAGGAAAAAAGCUGGAAAGCUGCUGGAUUAUUUAGCAGAACAUCCAAAAGGACUAGAUGCUUUGGUAGAAUCAAUCAGAUGUGAAAGGACGCAGAACUUCCUGUUAGAAAAGAUUACCGAUGCUGUGUUGAAAGUAAAAAACGAGAAGCUUGAAAGUCUUAAAGGUCUGAGCUGUAGCAGCUGCAUGGCUUCAGUCUGUGAGCAAACAAACAAUUUCUCUAGGUCACAGUCAAAUGAAUCAAAUAUCUCUGAAAGCCGGAAAGACAGAGAAGCCACCUUUCUUCAGCCAGAAGAGUAUACAACAGCAGCGUUUGCAUCUGCCACUUCUCUUUGUUCCAUGAAUUUACCCAUUACGGAGGUUGGAAACAUGGAAAAUUCCAUUUUCUCCGCUAAUCUUCCUGGACCUGGGGAUUCUGGAGCGCCAGCUCUGCCACCACAGCUGCAAAAUGAACAAGAGGAAACAUGUACCUCCUCAAGUGACAGUGCCUUCCAGCCUCUAAGAUCCCGCUCACUGGUUCCACAGUGAUCUUUGUCCUUAGGUUUAAAUAGUAAUACUGUGCUUAGGUGCCUUGUACAGUUUUGCAGCCCCCACCCCCCCAAAAAAA